AGGGGUAGGACAGAGAGUAACCGAGUGACUCAAUUUCUCAAAAUGACUCAAUGUUACUCAAAGUUACUCAAUUUGCCUCCUGAAAUUUUGUAUAGCCUGGUUACGGAAUUUUCGAAUCGUAACUUUGACAGUUAGCUGUGUAUACAAACAAAAAGUGAUGCUGAAGGUUCAAAAGGUAAGUCAACUACUUGAGUAAGAUUCCGGGAAUAAUUAUUAUUACAGGUGCGGACAAUCUCGGAUUACAUCUAGUUGUCCAGUGGGAGUAGAUUCCCUGCAAAAAGGGCAAAUGUUAUCAUUCUCAGGUCCGCUGCACAACCAAAUCGGUUCCCACGGCUAAACUUUUGCUCCUCAGUCGACGUCUUCAGGAAGUUAAUCUCUUUGUUCAUUCAAUUUUUCAGAAACACCCUGGAAGCAGCCCCUUCAGGUCGGACACAGAAUACGGGAAACAACAUGUUCAACUCCCGGAUUUAUCCCCGUGUCCACGUCGUCUUGACCGCUGACGUCGGAACGGUCUCUGCUACAGGUCAUUCACCACCCCACCGGCCGCGGAUUUUUAGUGUGGGUGAUAUCGGGCUCCGUUGCAAAGUUGGAGGUUGAAGUUUGUCUGUGGUUGAAGGUCGUGGUCAAUGUCAGAGGGUUCUGGAAAACCGCUUCUACGUGGACAUGCCUUUCCCACGAUACGAUGCUGAUCUAGCUGAAGCGGCUCAUGAGCGACCUGAAUUGGUUCAAAAGCAAAGAAGUGCCACCGCGAAAAUACAACAAACAACGACUGUUUUCGAUCUACAAGGAGCAUAGAAAGUAAUUCGAGUUGAUCGACAAAGUGGACAAACGGAUCAUGGAACAGCUGGGCCAGGCUGAAAUGGACCACACGCAGCGACAAGUAGUCUCGAUCAGCCAGGACAGUUUUUACCGGGAGCUAACCUCCGCGGAGAAGGUCCGCCCCGAGAAGGGUCAGUUCAACUUUGACCAUCCGGACGCGUUCAACGAGGAGUUGAUGCUGAAAACUCUGCAGGGCGUGCUCCAAGGCAAGAAGGUCGAGAUCAACGAAAAAACAAUCUUCCGUUUGCAUCUGCCCCUAAAGGACGUCAACAAAAUCGGCGGUACGGGAACGGAAACCGGUGUGACCAAGCCCGGUUUCGCCCUGAUCAACCUGACCACUGAUGUCAAGUCCGUCGAAAUGCACAAAGAAGCCCUGCCGGAGGCUGUGCCCGGAGACAACGUCAAGAACGUGCCCGUCAAGGAACUGCGUCGUGGAUACGUCGCCGAUGACUCGAAGUUUCACCGCCCAGGUCAUCGUGCUGAACCACCCCGGUCAGAUCUCUAACGGAUACCCCGUGCUGGAUUGCCACACCGUUCACAUUGCUAGGGAGUUCAGCAAGAUCAAGGAGAACAUCUUUCGUCGUUCCGGCAAGUCCACCGAGGAUCAUCUAAAGUCCAUCAAGUCUGGUGAUGACGCUAUCGUC